GUGCCGGUGCCCUGGGAGGCGCCUGAGCCGUGGAAACGGUCUGUGGGCGAAACCUCCACCGCGGGUCUCCUCCCGCCGCAGCCGCCUUCCCCUGAGCUGGCAGGAGGAGCCGGCAGUCACUCUGUUGGCAGAGCGAGGCGACGGCGGUGCGAUCAUGGCUGCUCAGUCUUCGUCCACACAGCAGCUGCUGCGGUACAGCGUGAAGUUGCUCUUCGCCAAAGAGGAGCCGUCGGCGGGGCUGCAGCUCAACAGCCCCAGCCAGACAGCCCUGGAGCUGGAGGUGCAGCUGGGAGAGGAGGACGCGGACGUGACCGUGACAGACGCUGAUGGAGGCUGUGUGUUUAAAUGCUUGAUUAACAGAGACACUGAAUAUUGUCGUGUGGGAAAACAGUCUGUGUUAAUUACACUGGGAUACAACAGUGCCUUCAUUCAGUUCAAAUCACAAUCCGAAUACAACACAUUUUCAGAUGUACUGAAGAGAUGCUGCAGCAAAAAGAAGGAGGGCUCUGUGUUCAGUCAGCGAACAGAUGAAGCAUCUGCGCUUCAGUAUUUUCAGUUUUAUGGCUAUCUGUCUCAACAACAGAAUAUGAUGCAGGAUUUUGUGAGGACGGCAACUUACCACAGAGCUAUCCUACAGAAUGACGUAGAUUUUGUAGACAAGGUGGUCCUAGAUGUUGGCUGUGGAUCAGGAAUCCUUUCAUUUUUUGCAGUGCAGGCUGGAGCUAGAAAAGUCUAUGCAGUUGAAGCCAGCGCAGUAGCAAAACACGCAGAGUUGUUGGUGAGAAGCAACAACCUUUCUGACAAGAUCAUAGUUCUGUCUGGAAAAAUUGAGGAGAUUUCCCUGCCUGAGAAUGUUGAUGUGGUAAUUUCUGAACCGAUGGGUUAUAUGCUGUUCAAUGAACGGAUGUUGGAAAGUUACCUCCAUUCCAAAAAAUGGUUGAAGACACGUGGAAUGAUGUUCCCAACAUUCGGUGACAUUCAUUUGGCUCCUUUUUCUGAUGAGCAGCUGUACAUGGAACAUUUCUCCAGAGCCAAUUUUUGGUACCAAGAAUGCUUUUACGGGGUCAAUCUAUCUAGUCUGCGCACUGCAGCUGUGGAUGAGUAUUUCCGACAACCUAUUGUGGAUACUUUUGACACGAGAAUUCUGAUGGCCCAGACAGUGAAGUACACCGUUAACUUCCUGGAAGCUGUUGAGGAAGAUUUGCACAGAGUGGAAAUCCCUUUUGUUUUCCAAAUGACGCAGUCUGGAUUAAUCCACGGCCUGGCAUUCUGGUUCGAUGUGGCAUUUGUAGGAUCAUUGGUAACUGUUUGGUUGUCCACUGCACCGACAGAACCUCUCACUCAUUGGUAUCAAGUACGCUGCCUUCUUCAGACACCCCUGUUUGUUAAAGAGGGGGAAUCUCUCUCAGGGAAAGUCUUACUUGUUGCCAAUAAGCGACAAAGUUAUGAUAUUCACAUUGUGGCUAUGGUGGACGAGACAGGAAUUAAAUCUUCUAACACUCUUGAUUUAAAGAAUCCAGUUUUUAGGUAUGUCUAGAAUAUAUAUCUCUCUCAUAUAUAUAAGAUACGGCAUCUGAAAAAGAAGUGAGAUUCUCGGCAAGCUGAUUAACCAAUGAGACCGAAAUCAGUUCAGGCCUUAGGAGGCCUACUGGUACUUCUGUAAAACCAAUUUGUAGCUGUACUCAUAUGUAGCUGUAUGUGAGUCACAUGAGAAGGGGAUAUGUGGUUCUAUCUUUUUUUUCUUUUUUUAAAUUGUACUUUAGCCUGUGCUCACAUGGAGAGAUGAAUUGCAGCAGACUCAAUUUUAUUUCAGAAAGUUCAUUUCGUAUAGAACAAGAACUGCAUCUCUGUGUUUGCUUAUAUUUCUGUUUUACAGUAAGCUUACAGUGGUUCACUGCUUUCUGUUCGUUUUGGGGAUUUUUUUUAAUAGUAUUCUUAGUUAUUGAACAAAGCCUACCUCGUGUUUGUAUAUGUAACACAUCAAAAGAUCUUUGAGCAGUAUGUAGUGCCCAUGCUUUAAACACUCAGCACUUAAGUCCAGAUUUCAGUGUUUGGUGUAAUCCUCUAGCUCGCCAGGGCAGUCUGUUAAGGUACUUCAAUUUCCUCUCAAUGGACUCAUUAAUUUGGUUCAUUUUGAGACGUGAACCUAAAGUCAUCUUGCAUAUACUUUGUAACUGUUCUGAAAUUUCUCUAUGCCUACAGAAAUGUAACAGGACACAUCUGUAAAUUACUCCCAGCAUAGUGAGAUAUAGAACUGUAUGAUAGGAUAUGUGUCACUUUCACUUUUUCUGUAGCUCUGUGAGAAAUUAUAGGAAAAUGUAGUUUUGGCUUGUGUACCUAACAAAUGAUGAAGACUAUAGAGUAACAGUACAGAUUUUGAUGUGAUCUCUCUCCAGACAAUGUUAUCCAUAAAAAGCACAUGGUGACUUUUAUAGAAUGUGUUUCUAUUAUUCAAAGUAUAUGCCUUAGGUUGGAUUAACGAGCUGGAGUCGAAUCACAAAUUUAUACAUCAUUUUACUACCAAAAACAUACCUACAGUGAUACCUCUAGCAAGAUACAACCAGCCUUCAGCCUUCCACACAUUGGAAGCCUCGUUUGAACAAAAAGCCUCAGGAAAACUGACCCUUCUCCCAGUUAACUUACAUGCCACAUUAGGUCGAAAGACCAGCUAACGACACCUGCUGGGAGUAAUUAAGAAACAGCUGUAGUUUCAGAGGUUUUGCUCCAAGCCAAGAGCCACUUGCAGCUAUUUAAAAGUAGUUUAUGAGAUUAUGGAAAGUAGUCCCUAAAACUGUGAAACUUGUAAAAGUAACAUGAACUUCAUGGCUGAGGCCAUGAAGCCACUGAAGUUAGUGCCAGAAAAUUGUUGCCUUGUUAUUUCCAGUAGCAUUUAAUACAGCAGGUGAGAGACUUUCAGUAUAAAAAUGUAGUUUGCACAAUAAAAUAUUGUUUUGUUACACAAAUAUAUAAUAUAUAUUAAAAAAAAUUAGUAUUUAAUGUGGGUUGCUGCCUCAGAAUUAUAACAGAAAUUAUCAUUCUAACCUGCACAAUCAGUGUAAUGAGAUUUCUGAUACCAUGUCUGAUGGUUGGGUAUCUAUCCUAUUUAGUUUGUACAGUGGUUGACGGUUUUAUGCUUAUACGGAAGAAGGAAACAAACCCAGGAAUGUCCAAAUCUAAACACCAGGCAGCUGUAGUUCAUGGUUUUCUAGAGUUUAACAGAUUUUCUGCAGCAAUUAUGAAAGGAGCGUAUGAAAUUUGAAUCUGAAUUCAGCUUAUAGAUUUGUAAUGUCUCCUACCGACCUACACGUCUGUCUGGAUCUCACAUUUCAGUCUCAAACCUCUUCUAAAGGUGGUUUGAGGCUGAAAUGUGCCUGUAUAACAAAGACUUUUAUAGGGAAAAUAGGGAAAAACGUUAUAUUGCAUAUUUCAUGUGGCAACUUCAGGGUUUUUUUAAGGAAAAAAGUAAAGGGGAGGAAAAAGAAAAGCAGCAGACAGCAGGGUCAGGUUUUGUAUCUUUAUUUAAUUCCAGAGCAAAAGGUGUACGUAGCUAAUAACUGCACCUUCAAUAUGUAUAGAAAAGAUUGAUUCCCUACUCACUAACAAGAACAAAGAAUAUCUCAAAGUGAUUGCUACUUUGAAGUGAUUUGAAUGACCCAAUACUGGUAUUUGUAUUUCUUUUUACAUCAGGACUUCACUUUAUUCCAGAUUGUAUGCUAAAACUGAAGAUUGACAUUGGAUACUGUAACGUGCAGUUUGAAAUAAGGUUUUGUGACUGUCUCAAUUUCCUUACUGUUUAACAUGUUCUUUUGUCCUGCUUUGAAGUGUUGGUGAUUUUGAAGUAUACAGCAGUCUAGUUUCAAGGACUAGUGUCGUGUUUCGCCAUAGUAUUUUCUGGGUAUAAACGUGAGAAUGUAUUUGUGGAGUAUUUUUAAAACAACAUGUUAAUGAAAACACUUUAUUGCUACAAAUGCUGGUGGUUUGUUUUGAUAUUUUAUAGACAACAUUAGGGAGUGCUAGAGAAUGUAGGGAAACUGAAGCAGAACUGUGGGGAUGCUGAGCAAAGUGUGAUAAUGUAUUUUUACAAUGGAAGACUCUUUAACAGAUUUGACCACAUUAUGAAAUACAUAUUUCCUCAUUUAUAAUUGAAGAAGCUGUACUAAUCCUGUCAAAAAUGACAUACUGUCUUGCAUCCCAUUGACUCAAAAAGCACAACAGGCUUUGGCCUUGUACGCAGACUGAGGAAAAACAGAACCUAAAAAAACAGAAUUGAAAAAAAUAAAGACCGAGAAAAAUAAGAUCAAUGAAUCUCUAAUCAAGAAAGACUAUCCCUGAAGUUUGCUACAUCCUGACAAAACCUAAACAAUCGUCAAAAGAUGUUUUUCAUGAGAAAACCAUGAUUAAGUGUCCUUUUGGUGAACUUUCCUCAUUAUAAUUCCAUUUUAAUACUAAAAAUCACACCCACAGGUCUGAAGACCCCUGUUAGUGUAGGUGUUUAGUUACGCGAUCCUUAUGCAAACUAGGUGACCUGCCAGUAAAAGGUGGGAGGGUUACAAGGAGUUGCUAAUUCGAAUUAAAUCACAUUAACAUGCAGAAUACAAGGUGGGGAGAAAUGAGGGAAGACUCCACCAUAACUGAUGGGAUUGAUCAUUGGGCUGAACCGUCUUCUUCCCCCAUAGGGAUGCCUACUGGAUAAGAGCUGUACUCUGUGUGCAUUUAAUGAUUGAUUUUUAUCUGGCUUUACAUAUUAUUUUCAUGCUUGCUCUUGCAGCUAGUAUAUUGUCACUACAAUCUGCAAAACUUAAACUGUCAUGAAAGUAUACAAUAAAAAUUCUCAGUUAAGA